AUGCAAAACCAAAGCUUUGUAACUGAAUUUGUCUUCUUGGGACUUUCGGAAAAUCCUCAUGUUCAGAAAAUUGUGUUUGUUAUAUUUCUGUUAAUCUACAUUGCAACUGUCUGUGGCAACCUGCUGAUUGUGGUGACCAUCCUCACUAGUCCAGCACUCCUAGACUCUCCAAUGUACUUCUUCCUGGCUUUUCUGUGCUUUCUAGAGGCUUGUGUCACUUCUGUUAGUGCCCCCAAAAUGAUUAUAGAUUGCCUUUAUGAGAAGAAAACUAUCUCCUUUGGAGGAUGUAUGACACAGGUCUUUGCUGCACACUUUUUUUCAGGGGCAGAGGUGAUUGUCCUCACAGCCAUGGCCUAUGACAGGUAUGUGGCAAUUUGCAAACCCUUGCACUAUUCUUCUAUCAUGAACUCAAGGCUCUGUGGCAUUCUGAUUGCAGUAGCCUGGACAGGGGGAUUUCUACAUUCCAUCAUCCAAAUCCUCUUUACCUUUCGACUACCUUUCUGUGGCCCCAAUAUCAUUGAUCAUUUCAUGUGUGACUUGUACCCAUUGCUGAAACUUGCCUGCACGGAUUCAUAUGUUUUUGGCCUUUUGGUGGUGGCCAACAGUGGGUUCUUUUGCAUCCUCAUUUUCUCUUUGUUACUAGUGUCCUAUAGUGUCAUCUUAUUUUCCCUGAGAAACCACAGCUCUGAAGGCCAGAGGAAAGCCCUCUCCACCUGUGGAUCUCAUGUUACAGUUGUGGUUUUGUUUUUUAUUCCAUGUAUUUUUGAGUAUGCCCGGCCUCCAACUUCUUUCUUUUUUGACAAAAUAGUAGAGAUGUUCUACACAGUGUUAACUCCUUUUCUCAAUCCCUUGAUUUAUGCUUUCAGAAAUAAAGAAGUGAAAAAUGCCAUGAGGAAACUGUGCAACAGAUUGAUGUUUGCUUCUGUUGAAAAAUAA